CUUACUUCUAUUUUGUAUUCCCAAUGAUUCGAAAGUAUUUAGUUCUUAUUCUAGUCCUGGGUUUCCUCGAUCUGACCUUCAGUUCAUCGGGGUUGUGCGAGGAUGGUUUUCUUUUUAACCCCAAAAGGCGAAGAUGCGAGCCACAGCCACCUAUACAAGCGUCCCCUAAUUGCCGACCUGGUACGCACUGGAUUCCAGAAAAGAAAUUUUGUAUCAAGUUUCGGCAAGUUAUAUCUGGAUAUUACCCUGUAAAACCUGAAGAGUCAACUGAAAACCUGAAGUGCCCUAAAGGAUUCGUUUCUAUGGGCAUUAUGUGUGUAAAGGAAUUAAACAAUAAAAAACCGUCUUCCGUGGAACUCAAGGACGGGCUUGAGCUGGAUUUGAACGAUGAUUUUAAAAUUGUCAUAAAAGAUAAGAAACCUACGACUCCAAAAUGAUGCAUAAAUUUCACCAUUUACAGUCCAUUGAAAUAAAUACGAAGUGAUUGUUGGUCAAAAGCAAGAAA